UGCUGUCAUUCGCUGUUCACUGAGUUUAUUUGCUGCAUUUUUUGCAACACACUGCAAAAUAAAUUUGAAAACAUUGAGAAAUUCUAAAAUUAAUUGAUAAGAAAAUACGUGCCGACUCAGAAGAAACUUUUUUUUAAGCGCUCGUUGAUUUUGAGUUAACAUUUUGAGCACUUUCAACAGAGCACGAAACAAAACGAACAAAAAAGCGCGCCGUUCAGCGUCAUCUUUGUCUAGAGAAGUCUUUGGCCCCCGCGCGUACAGUCAGCAUGGCUAAGGUGCACAUUACCAACGUUGUGGUGCUGGACAAUCCAAGCAGCUUUUUCAAUCCGUUUCAGUUCGAAUUGACAUUCGAAUGCAUUGAGGAGCUGAAAGAGGAUCUCGAAUGGAAAAUGAUCUACGUGGGCUCCGCGGAGUCUGAGGAGUAUGAUCAAGUGCUGGACACUAUAUACGUUGGCCCGGUGCCCGAAGGCCGUCACAUAUUCGUCUUCCAAGCCGAUCCGCCAGACGUUAGCAAAAUUCCAGAACCAGAUGCGGUCGGCGUCACAAUUGUUCUACUGACCUGUUCGUAUCGCGGCCAGGAAUUUGUGCGUGUUGGUUACUAUGUGAACAACGAUUAUGCCGAUCAAGAGAUGCGCGAAAAUCCGCCGCCCAAGCCGCUCUUCGAUAAGCUGACACGUAACAUCCUGGCCAGCAAGCCGCGCGUCACACGCUUCAAAAUCAACUGGGACGAUGGCCACAGCAAUAGCAAUGGCAACGGCCAUGAGAACGGACACGAUGGCCACAUGAUGCACGACGAUGGGCCGACAACAUCGUCGGCGUCGGCUCACCAUGAGGCGGCCAUGGAUGACAACAGCCUGGCCAUGCCCAUGGAGAAUGGCGUCAAGGCGCUCAACGAGAACUCCAAUUCACUUGCCAUGGAAUGUUGAAGCCGCGCCAGCAACAGCAGUUUAACUGUAACAAUCACACACACACACACGCACAUACACACUCACAAAUACGCAGUGGCAAAGACUUGUAGCCUCCCGCCCAAACACAAGCUCCUGGUCCCAUUAAUUAAGUAAGGUAAUUUAAACCUCAUCGCUGUUAACUAAAUAAAUCCUUAAGAAACACCACACUA